CAUGGGGUGAGUUGCGUAAGGUUACCAAAGACAGCCGAGUGGAUGGAGACGGGUUCCUCCUGAUGCAGCGGAUCACCAGCCUGGCCGCCUGCCGGGAGCUCGGCGGCCUGGCGGCGUGCUCGGCGGGGCUGUGCGGCCGGAGGCGGGGCGGCCCGGCCGCCGUGCCCCUCGCUCCGUGGGGCGGCGUGGCCCCGCGUCCCGGGCGUCCUUUCUCCGCGGAGCCCGGGCGGAGGGAGAGCCGGAGAGGGGUCGUGUUCGCCGGGGACAAACGCAGACUGUUCUGCACGCAGAAUGGAGCCGAGAACCCGCCGGGGGGCUCCCAGCAGCGGCCCGCCAUCUCCGUGGUGGGCAUCCCGGACCCCUUCACCUGGAUCCGCUGCAAAGUCCAGAUGAGCCUGAUCGACCUGUACUUCGACCUGGACAUGGACUCUGAGGAGUUUCACAGGGGGAUCAAGCAGGCUUUGGUCCACGUGUCCGACAAGAUGUCCAGGGGCAGAUACCACGAGCUGAGGGGCCUCGCGUCCAAUGAGGUGAUCGAGUACGUGGAGAAGAAGUGUACGUCCCUCACCGCCGCUCAGAGGCAGCAGCUGGCGGUCAAAAUGGACGACAUCAUAUUUGUACUCCCCGAAGAGGUCUCGGUCAUCUUUGACAACUCCGGCGGAAAGUUCUGCUCUAUUGUUAUGAGGUUUUGGCUGGUGUCGACACACGAAGGUCCCGACGACCCCGAGGGGAUCAAGAUCUUCAAAGUGGCCUCCAGUGAAGAGGGCGGCCCCCAGAAGAAGAUUGCCACUGCUGUGUACGAAUUCCACCGAGAGCUGACGAGAGGCGCGUCCGAUGACUGGACGGUCACGACCGUCUGGCACUACAGCUGGACUCUGCCUUCGUGAUUUUACUCGCCAAAGGAACUUUGACGCGACGUCGACGACACUGACUGUAUUUAUGUGAGCAGAGCAGGCAGACCUCCGAAGAGCAUGAAGCGGGACCCGCUGCACUGAAGCUGUGCAGACAACCGAAGACCUCAGAACUUGACAGACCUGUAAAUAAGUGAACUUCCUGUGCUACUUGAUGCUCAUCCCUUGGUGCCUUUAAAGUUUUUCUCCCAUGAUUUUAUCUUCAACAUCAACACUUGCUCUUAAAUUGGCCUUUUCAUUCAUCAGUUUCCUUUGUUUUGCGGUAAAACUGUCAAAUGUAUGACGACCUGUGCUGCAGUUGAAGGUGUAUUUUAAUUCUCUCUGGUAUGAAUGUAGUAGAAGCAUCAGGUGUCUCCUCUGCACCAACAGCAGCAGAAUCCUUGGAUAUCAGCUCUGACCUAUGAUUUGCUGGUCAUGACCACUCCACUUUUUUAAAAAUGUUCAUGAAAUGUAUGGCCAUAGAAAUAUUAAUUAGCACUCCAACAUCCUUUUCCUGGGUUUUUUGUCAUGGUGGUGAAGUGGUAAAGCCACUGGAGAAAGACAUCCUCUCUUAAGUGUGUUGCCAAAAAGAUCUGGGUCUUUGAGCUCACCUUUUCUGUAAAUUUCAGCCUCGUCUUUUGGUCUGUUUUUUUUCAUUUGUUGUUACAAUUUUAAGAGCACGUUGCAACCGAGAACACGUUCACAGGACAGCUUCACUCAGUAAGACGCACUUAAAUCUACUAAACAAGAUGCAGCUGAAAAUUCACAGAGGAGGUCGUGAAUUGAUCUUGUUCUUUUUGUCUCGUCGCUGUAUUAAAAGGUCCAAAAUGACGCUCAGGUCCUCUUGAGUUUCUUCAACCAAUAAACAAUAAAUUGCUUCAUGGCAGC